AUGAAGCCGCUACAGGAGCCCGUGCAGUGUGGGCAGAGCCAAGCUGCUGCGGGAGCCCGCGUCGGCGACUCGGAUGGGGGCAGCGAGGAACUGGUACUCACGCCGGCGCAGCUCAUCCGCAGCCUGGAGCAGGCCUGGCUGAAUGAGAAGUUUGCGCCAGAGCUGCUGGAGAGCAAACCUGAGAUCGUUGAGUGUGUUGUGGAGCAGCUGGACCAUAUGGAGGAAAACCUGAAACGGGCAAAGAAAGGAGACUUGAAGGUUAGCGUUCACCGUAUGGAGAUUGACAGGAUCCGUUAUGUGCUUAGCAGCUAUUUGCGGUGUAGGCUUGUGAAGAUAGAGAAGUUUUUCCCCCAUGUCCUGGAGAAGGAGAAGUCUCGAGCUGAAGGGGAGCCUUCCAUUCUAUCACCAGAGGAGUUUGCCUUUGCUAAAGAGUACAUGGCAAACACAGAGACUUAUCUGAAAAAUGUGGCCCUAAAACACAUGCCACCCAACCUACAGAAAGUAUCUCUCCUAAAAUCAG